AUGGCGCCUCUGCCAGAUGGGUCUUCUUGGAGUCUCUUCUGGGGCCUCCUGCUGUCGGUUUCUUCUCUCCUCUCUUCCCUCGGCGUGUCCGCCUCAGAUGGCGGAGGGCCCUUAGGGGCCCUACCGGUGCAAACUGCUCCGCAUCUAUCUGCUCCCUCAGGCCUCCCUGCAGAGGUGGGAGUUCCAACCAUCGGUCUGCAAAGGGAGGAAAUCCCUGAGACACUAAGCGGGAUCCAGUCAGGGGGGGCUAAGGUGGCCCCCGGUUCCUCUGGGGUUCCUGGCGUGGGUAGUGCGUCCCCUCCAGUUCCCUCGUUGCAACUAGAGGCCCCUGCUUCAGGUGCAGGAGGGCCCGCUGAGGGGUUGAGGCCCCCUCUCCUGCCUGACAGUUCAUCGUCGAGGCUGUCGCCUACCCCCUCUGGGGCCCAUCUGAAGGGGCCUUCCGUUGUGGGGGGAACUCAGACGCUUACAGCCAUUGGAGUGACUGCAGAUGGCACAGCAUCAUCAUCCGCCAAGCUUCCAGGGUGGUUCCCCACCACACAGGGGCAUCUCGUCUCUCCUGAGGGGUUCCAAGCCUUGCCUAAGGGGCCUUCUGUUACCCGUGAGGGGCUCCUAGGAUCCCUUACGAAAGAGGAAGGCAAGAGCGACAUCCACCCUGAUGAGACUCAGCAUCAGCUGUUGCAGGCGCCGCAGGAGCCGCAGCACCAACAUGAACAGCCGCAGGUAAAGGAGGCCGUGUCGCAGCUGCCGGAGACGCAGCAGCAGCCGCUGCAGCAAUUGCAGCAGGGACAGCAUCAAGAACUACGGCAAGAACAACAGCUGCAGCAGGCGCAGCCACAGCAACAGGUUGCUCAGGAACAGCACCCCCAACAGGAGCAGCAGCAGGAACAGCAGCAGGAGCAGCAGCAACAGCAGCAGCAACAGCAGCAGGAGCCGUAUCCCCGCGAACAGGGACCGCAAGAGCAGCAGGAGGAACCACAGCAAGAGCAUGGGCCCCAGGAGCGUACUAGUGUAGCUCAGCGUGAUUCUGCUGCUACUGCUUCUGCAUCAUCUGACUCUCAAGGUACUUCUGCUGCUGAAGAUGAGGGGGCAGCAGCUAAGGAAGAGAGUCUGCAGGGUACCACACCUACGAGUGCCUCCGACGACCCUAGCGGGGGCCCCCGUGAUAAAGCAGAAGGGGCCCGAGGACGUGAAGGAGGGGAAGGGUCGACGGAAGGCUCAACAGCAAAGGAUGCUUCCUCAGGGAGCGGUUGGGGGUUCUAUUUGCAGGCUGUAGAGGAAGGGGUAGUUCCCUCCUCUUGGGGGGCCCUCCUUAGCGGAGUAGUCUUGCUGCUGACGUUGGGGGCCCUUGCUGCAACAGGGGGUACUGGCGGGGGUGCAGUCUUCCUUGCCGUUCUCUUGGGGGCCCUCAAACUUAAAGUUAUGGUUUGCUGCUCCGCGUUUACGGGGACUUACAUGCACAGGAGGAGGGAAAUUCAGGAGGGCCUCUCAGCAGUAGACGAGGUGCGUAUCCCUGUGUCCUCCGCUGCUGCCGCUGCUGCUGCUGCAGCUGCUGCUACGGUGGGGCUGCAGUGCGUGUGCAUGCAUGAUUUGGUGUUCAAUGCGCUUCAGAUGUGGCUCAACCUGUUGGUGCCGAUGGCCCUUAGCGGGACGCUUGUGGGGGUCUUGCUGAACUCGUUGUGUCCUCCGUCGGUACUGCUGGUGCUGCUGCUGGUGCUGCUCGGGGCCCUCUGUUGCCGCUCGUUGCUGUCAGCAGUUCGUAUGUAUCAACAAGAAGAGCAGACACGCAGCAUGGAGGCGUUCGACGUUGUCGCCUUUCCAAACCAAGAGUUGUUGCGGGGUUCCCUAAGGGGGGUCCCCAGGGGACCUCCCUCAACGGAGUUGUGGGGGCCUUCCCCGCGUGCGGCAGACGAGGAGCUGCAGCCGGCGCUGAGGAACCCACUCUCUUGCAACAGCAGCAGCAGCAGCACAGAAAACAGCAAAGGCAGGGGCCUGCUGCUGCACACAGAGGCAAUCCACAGAAUGGCUCUUACCGAUUCUCUGGUAGAGGCUACCGGGACACCAAGGGAGUUGGAGCCUCUUUCUCUUGCAGCAGCAGCAGCAGCAACGGCUGCUGCAGGAGACAGUGCCAGCAGCAGAAGACCCAGCGGCGGCGACACUGAGGAGCAGCAGCAGGAGCAGCACGUGCAGCAUCUACCUCAGCACGACUAUUUCGUUACUCCCAGCAGCAGGCCCCCACCCACUCAAGAAGAGGGUCCUGAAGGCUUGCCCGUUUCCCCCCUGGUUAUAUCGCUGGAGGCCCAAGACAGGCUGCUGCAGAUGACGCACAUCUGUGCGUUUGCAUCUCAGGAGAUCGCUGGAGAAUCUGCUGCUGCUGCUGCGGAGGUCCCCCCUCUCACGGGAGCCCCCCGAUUCAGCUUACGACGAGGGUGGUGGCGGCGCGCAAAGAGCUUCUUGACAGCAGAAGGAACCUCGCCCAGCGGCAGUGACUUCCUUGUUGGACUACACACGGGGGGGCCCCACGACAAUCCCUUCGCGGAUGCUGCAGAGGAAUACAUCGUACAUCCCCCGGCAGGCGCGUUGGGGGGCCCCUCGUCUCCAGCAGUGGAUGGAGACAACUCGCGUACACAGCAUCAACAACAGGAAAUGUGUGUGCAGCGACUUUGGCGGCGCUGCGUCGGUUCUGCAGCAGCAGCAGGAAUGUGCCUGCUUCAGCUGUCCGUCUCGCUCGCUGUGGUGAAAGAGUUCAAAGCGGCGCACCCGCACUUCUCGUUUGGUGCUGCUGCUGUUGCUGCUGCUUCUGCUGCUGCAGUCCGCAUGGUUAACCGGGGCCGCUCUUUUGCGACGAGCUGCAGGACCGUCUGCUGCAGGGCAUGGAGAGCAGCAGUACGAGGGACCCUGUGGGGUCUCCGCGCUGCUGCCCACCCGCUUCAGCAGCAGCAGCAGACAGGGCGUGCAGCGCCUGGGCGGCGGUUGCAGGAGAGUGCUUUGCUGCAAGGGAGGGGGACUCGUUUGGGGUCUGUGGAGAUGGAGACCCUGUCUGUGUCUGUGGGUGGGGCCCCAGACGCGGGGCCCCGCAGACUCUCUCCAUCUCUCGCAUCAGUCCCCCUUUCCCCUCAUUUUCCUGCUGCAACGGAACAAGAAGGAGACAGUGCAACAGAAGAGGCAGAGCUGCUGCUGCGGGCCCUGCUGGUAGCCCCUAUUGUUGGUAUGUUAACGGGGGUCUUGGCAGGGCUUCUCGCUGUUGCUGUGGCCACUUUAAUGACUCUGAGACGUUACUUUAAAGGGGGCCCCGUUUAA